AUGAAGGAAAGCCAAAAGGGCAAGGAGAGUGGGGGCGCGCGCGCCUCGAAAAAGAAGACAUACAAGCAAAAGCAGGUAAAGAACAUGAUUUUGAAAAAACUGAAAAGGAAAAUGCAGCAGGGGCUGCACAAGCUAGAGGAGCAGCACGAACACUUGGGGAAGCUGCUGGCCAAUUUAAAUAAUCUAAAAAUUGAAGAGAGCAAUGCGCUGGCGCUUCACAAGAUGACGAAGGAGCUAGCCAGACAAAUAAAACGAGUCAACGAGGAAAACAACGAUGACAUAGCGAUAUUGAAGAUGGAAAGGGACUUAAUCAAAGCAGAUUUUACAAAAAGUAAAAACAGUUUGAAAGUUUACGAGGAUGAGCUGCUACAGGGAGAAGAAGAAGAAGGAGAGGGAGCGGCAGAGGGAGCGGCAGAGGAAGGGGAAGAAGAAGAGGAAGAAGAAGAGCACCACCAGCAGCACCACCAUCAGCUGCAGCAGCACAAACAGCAGGGGCAGAACGACUACGAGGAGGGGGGAGCGGAACAGGAGGAGGUGAGCAGAAGCACAAGGCAUGAUAAAAGGAAGAAGAAGAAAAGGAAAAGCUCCAACGCCAAUUCAUCGCAGCAAUUUACCAAUUCGUUCAUUCCGCUGCAAGUUUUCCGAGACAACUGCCUUUGCAUGAACAACAAGUGCCAUCACAAUGAAUUCGCAAGUGACCAUGUGCAGGUGAAAAAAAAUUGGGUUUUCGUGGAUCUUUAUAGAGCCUUGCUCCGAAAUAAAUACUAUAAAGGCACCCACUUGUGUGGUAAAAUUUUUGGGGAACAUGAUAGCAGCGAGAUUUACAGGCGGGAGGUGAGGAGGAUGCGCAAGAAGAAGCUCCUCUUAAACUUUCUCAGCUGCAGGGGGAAGAGGCGGAAGUCGGGGCGGGAGCAGUGGCAGCAGGGGCUGCAGCUGGGGUGGCACAUGGAGGAGAGCGAUCUUGGAGCACAUUCCACGGGGGGUAGCUACCCCUGCGAGUGGGACGGGCAGGAAGGGGAAAGGGACCAAACGGGUGGCCCUCUUGGAAAAGGCCCCCUUUCCAAUGGCACCCCGACGAGCUGUGACCACCGGAGGAAAGCCCUCCCGGACAGCUUCCCCCCGUGCAGCUCGUCCAACCCGAUAGACGACCAAAGAAACAGAAACGUCAGCUGGAUCACCAUGAAGAAUGAAAUAAACGAGGAGGUCUCCAAAAAGAACAGCAGCAUUAUGACCGGCAAUAUGUUAACCUUUCUAGUGAGCAUAAGCAAAGUGUUUUCCUGCGAACUGAUUCAGGAGAAAAGGGAAAAGCCACUGACAAACGAUUUUCCAGUGAAUAAAAAAUGUAACAAAUUUUAUGACUACCUACCAGCGCAGCAGCACAAUUUGAUGAGCAUGCAUCAUGCAGCGGGAACUGGCCAUAGGAGCAGUGCCUCCGCGAUGAACACCAACGAAAUGAGAGGUGCGCAUCAGAGCUGCGAAGUGAGGGAGAACCACAUUUGCCUCUACCUUAAGAGGGAGCACGUCCCCCCGUACUUGCUAAAUUUGGGGAAGAAAAUUAAACUAAUUUUGAAUUUUGCCUCGGCGGAUGGGUUGCGCGGUUGUGCCAGCCCCCAAGAGGGGGGCGAGGCGACGGGGGAGCCGCCCUCAGGGGAGAGACCCACCCACGAACCGCUCACAGGGCAGACACUCACAGGGCAGCCGCUUACCGGGGAUGGGCCCUGCGGAGAGGCGUCCCCCCCCGCGGCGGAGCGCGGCGCGCGACUGGAGCACGAGGGGGGGCCCAUGCAGAGGUACAGGAGCCUCUUCCUGAAGAAGAAAAAGCAGAAGCGGAAAAAAAGUGGAAAGGAGAAGAAGUUGGAAGGCACAGCGGGGAAUGGAAGCGGUGGGGGGAGCGGGGCCUGCGCGGUGAGGGCCUUCGACGACAACCACCGCUUCAACAACACCUUCUUGAGCGCCCUGCUGAGAAGGAAUCUCAGCGAGAAGAAGAGGUACCACUAUUUUUACGUCAACAGUGUGGAGUAUGACCACAUGGGCUACGACGUGGAGGAUAUCAUUUUCCAUUUAGAAAAAGUUGUGAGCAAAUGGGAGAGGAACAGCAACUCCUGCGGUGGUGGGACCUUUUCGCCGUUGACCCUGUUGAACUACGUGAGUAAGAAGUAUGCGCUGUACUCCAGCAAGGGGAAAAAAAAAAAAAAAAAAAAUAAAAUUAAAUGUAAAAAUAAAAUUAAAGGUAGAGGUAAAGGUAAAGGUAAAGGUAAAGCGUACCAUGUGAAGGGGGAGAGGCACGCAGAGGGGGUGCACCAAGGCCAGGGCGCAAUUGAGGAGGAGUGCCUCAAAUUUGGGAAAGCGGCAGGUGUGAUGAAGGGGGCCGCCCAAGUGAGAAAGGGCAAAGCGAAGGGUAAGGCAAAGGUGAAGGGAGAAUGUGAGAAGCAGUACCAAGAGGAACCCUCCCCCGUGGAUGAGGAAUUCAUUCCGAAUGGGCUAAAAGGGGCAGCGACAUCUAUGGGUGAAGACGUAGAGGCUUACUACCUGACCAUCCACAAGGACAUGCUGAGCUACAGCAGCAGCAACGACGAAGUGACGGUGAAAUACUACGUAACGCACAUGCACAACAGAGAGUUUAACCUCGAAGAGGGAAGCCAAGAGAUGGCAAAAAUCGUUCAUCCCACUUUUUCCUACUAUUUGGAGAGAAAAAAACAACUAGAAAAAAUGAUGAAAGAACAUAGCGUUUUAUAUAAAGAGAUAUUCAAAAUGUGGAAAGAGGACAUUGAAAUUGGGGAGAAAGAGAGGGAAAGGAAAAACAUUUUUGCGUGGGGAAUUUUACCUGUACGUGCAUAUGAUCACCCGAAUAUCUUCGUACCGCUACCCUAUGGGUUUAAACAUAAUAAUAAGAAUUUAGCCUACAGCUCCCUUAGGUCGAAACGUCCCUUUGCUGAUGAGGAGGAGGAUGACUAUGAUGGUGAGGAUGACGAUGGAUGCGGUGCGGAUGAGAAUGGCAAUGUGAUGGAGAAGAGGGGCAAGGAAAAGAAGAAAGACUAUAUGAAUAUAAAAUAUGCCAAUUUGACUGGCCCUUGUAUUACGUGGCGUAAAAAUUGCAUCGCCCUUAACUAUUCGAAGAAGAGGAGGAACCCCCACUUGGUGGAGGCCGUCCCGUACCUCUACUGCAUGCAGGGCCCCAAGAUGCCGCUCUUCUCCCUGGAAAGGAAUGUGCGCUACUGCAAUGAGAACAACCGGUGUGUGGCGGCGGGUGGGUCGCUCCCCUGUGGAGAAGCGAGGAGCAGCCCCCUCGCCUGCAAAGGUCAGCAGGGCCACCCCGUCUGCCGCAGCAACCAGCAGGGCCACCCCGUCUGCUUCAGCAACCAGCAGAACGAGAAAAACUUCAUCUGGGAAAGACAGGAAAUCAAAACCUUCCUCGAAAAGUAUUUCCUGUACCCAAAGAAUUUCGAAAAGAUCAGUCAGUACCUGGAGUUUAAAAGUACAAAGCAGUGCGUAGAUUUUUACUAUUUGACGAAAAACUUCUUCAAUUUUAAGAAGUUUCUGUUAACCUUAUCCUUGAGCAGGGUGAAGAGAAACAAAAGGCAUCGAUCCGCAGGCAACGACGCGACGAAGAGGAACUCCAAGGAGGAAAUCGUCGCCCAGUUGAUGGAGAAGCUGGAGAGCAACUGUGCCCCCAACGAGUUUGAGCAGGCCAAUUUUUUCCACCUGAACUUUAUCAACUUGCGCCACUUCUUCCAGGGCUAUUUCGCCAAAACGUUCGGCGAGGUGCAGGGCGGCACAGGGGCGGGAGAAGCGGCGGAAGUGGGAGCGGCAGCGGGAGGAGCAGCAGUAGGAGUCGCCGCAGCCACAACCGCAGCCACCGCCGCUACCGCCACCGCUAGCGCAGCCGAAGCAGAGACCCAAAGGAGCAAAACCAUUGUCCUGGAAAACAUGUCCGAUGGGUAUGUCGUGCCGAAGAAUUACAAGUUCAUUCUCAGCGCAAACAAGAAAUUGUGCUUCCUGGUGAAGAACGAGGAGAACCUCAUUUACAGCGGAGUAAAUUCUGACAUCAUCGAAAUUGUGUAUAAUGAUCAUGCGGACGGGGACAGGAAGAAGAGGAAGAGUGAGAGGGGCGAGCGGGUGGAGCGGGUCGAUCCGGGGGAGAAGAAGAAGAAGAAGGCGGGCAGCAUAGAGAGGAUAGACUCCUUAGAUAGAGCACCCUUCCCCGCGCAAAACGCAGCUCAUUUGACGCUCGACAAAGUCGCCCUAGCGGAUAAUCAGCAGCCAAGCACGGCCACGUGCAGCAGAAUGAUCACCACGCCGCCCCCCAGCAACAGCAACGAGGCGAGUGAGAGGGGCUUCCUCAAUCGGGGCAAUGACCCCCCUCCAAAGGGCUUCGAUGUAGAAAAGGCCUUCCAUCGGCACACUGUACACGCAAAUGCAGUGGCUAAGCAGAAAAAGGCAAAGAGGGAUAACCAAGAAAUGGAUGGCCAACUGCUCAACUGCAACAGGGAAGAGAAAGCGCACCCCCCGAGGGAGAGUGACGAAAUGCAGAUGCAAAACGGAGAAGCAACAAGGGGGGCAGCAAACGAAAGAGAUAAAGUGCCCAUUGCGUACUGUCCCAUUUUGAAAUAUAACAGGGAUGAUUACAACCCUUUUGGGGGGAGCGGCCAAGUUGUGAACCUCCGAAGGGGGAGUGGCAAUCGGGGGGAGGAAGAGGAGGAGGAUGACGACGACGAAGUAGCGGAGGGGGCGAAGAAGAAAAAGAAGAACACUUGUGACGAAGAAGCGGCAUCCCUUGUUCGGCCGGGCGAAGUGAAAACCCACGAUGUGCAUUACGUAGACAGCAGGAGCAGCAGCGUGCUAGGGAUGAACCCUCAAGCGAGCAACGACGACGACGUGCUCAGGAGAGUCUCCUUCCCCGACUCGAACGACAGCAUGAAUAACCCAUUCGAAUAUAAUGUGAAAAUUGAGACCUCCGAAGAGAGCCUAUACAAAUGUUUUGAGUUUUUAAAAAACAUUAACUGGAGGGACACAAGGAAUGUAGAAGCAGCUGGCAGUAAGAAUGGUGUGCAGCAGGAGCCGCUACCGAUUGGGAGGUAUUCGGCUGCGCCCGUGACUUUGGAAGGUAAGAUGAAAAAGGUCUCUCGAAAGAACAGCAUUCAGAGCAACGAGGGUGUAUCCCUGCAGAAGGAGAGGAACGUGAAGAGGAAGGAUAGCACCUCUGCAGGGAAGUCCAAGGGAGGGGGAGGCAAAGACAACACCACCGUGGGGGGGGCAGCCCAAUGGGAAGAAGGGUCAACGGGUCACUCCAUUCAUGCGAGCAACAGAGAUGAGAGGAAUCAUAGCGGUAAGAGGGGAAAAGCGGCGGUGAGCCACACCUGGGCGAGCGCCCCGACGAAGCGGAGACUCUCGAAUGGAUCCAGUUGGAAUGGAGCAGCGGUAGGAGCGGUAGGAGCGGUAGCAUCGGUAGCAUCCGUAGCAGCGGUAGGUAUCAACGGUGCGAGGGCGGCGGACCCGAAGAGGGAUUCCCCGAUUAAGCGGAAGUGUGAAAAGGCGCCGAAAAGGAAGAAAACGGCGGACGCCCAGAUGCGCGAAGAGGGGCCCGGAGCGCAGGCCGUAUGGGACAACUGGGCCAUCAGUGGUGACGAAGAGCUGUUGAGUGUUGAUAUGAAUAACUCCAUGGGGGAGUCCCAGUUGAGAGCGGAAGCGGUGAUGCAAAUUUGUGGCCUAAAUAUGAGUGAAGGGCUGAUGUGCCAAGCGAGCGCAAGCCAAGAGCACCAACCGUACGACUCCCUAAUUAACAGCCAGUCUCUCUACACGCAGAAUUCUUGGGUGCAGGACAGUAACGAAUCGGGAGGACUCCUCGUCGGGAGAAGUUACCUACCAGGCAUGGAAGAUAUGAAGCAGGAUAGGUUAGAUUCAGAUGACCAUUUGAACUUUAUGGGUUAUAACAACCGGAGCAGUGUAAUCUCGUUGCAAGGAGAGGACCACUGGGAGGAUCUGAAGUGGAAUGGCGGCAGUUGUUCCGUUGAGUUUUGCAAGAAAGGCAAAGCUGAGGAGUACACGGGAGAAGCGGCGGAUGCGGGGGAGGCGGCAGAAGUGGCGGGGAACCACCCCGUGGAAAGCCUCUUCACGCAGCUCCCCGUCAGGGAAAACCCGUCAGAGAGAUCGGACGUGGAGCACAGGAGGAACUCCAUGCAGAGCAGCAAGUCCUCCAACCAAUGCUUCGUAGAAUCCUUGCAGCACAUGGAGAGCUACGAGGGUGGGUUCUAUGAUGACCCCUCCAAGCAACCAUUUAGGAAGACUGCCACCAAGUGGACGGACAGGGAAAAGGAAAUCUACUACGAGGUGUUCGAAAAGGAGGGGAAGAAUUGGGACACCCUGCUGUUGGCCUUGCACCCGUAUGGGAAAACCCGGGAGCAAAUCAAAAACUUUUACCAAAACACGAUUGUGAAGAGGCGGAAAAGUGAGGCUCCCUAG